CUUUAUGAUUAUUACAAGACUUUGAACCAUGUAUGUAUAUAUAUAUCUAAAAUCUAAUAGAACAAAUUAUUAAAUCUCUCGAUAAAUUUUCAUUAAUAUCUUAUUAUACUAAAAGAUUCGAAAGACAAUACGAAGUAUGACAUUUGUAAAAAAAAUACAGCGCAUAAUAGAAACUUACGAAGUAAAAUAUGGUUUAUUUCUAUCUUUGUCAAAGGAGAGAACACAGCUUCCCUUUUAAGAAUACUUUCCUGUACAUUGCAAAGGAAGGUGCCGCAAGACAGGUUGAGGAAGAAAAAAUGUACUUUGCGCCGAUUCGCUGAACCAAUCGACGGCCAACCGAAUCGUGAAAUUCAACGUAGGAUGUCACAGAGCAAGGUGAACGAGUAGACUUCGCAAAUAGUCAGACGGAGUAUCACUGUGUGUAUCUUACGAUUGCCGCUUACAUUUCCUCUCGGAGAAUCCUCUUUUACCGUUUAGCAUUCUUACAAAAAAUUUUUUCAUGAAGAUACCAAUGAAAGUACAUGCGGUAUUCAAAGAAUUUUCUAACAAUUCGUUCACCGUCACUAUCAUCCUUUAAAUCUUCGUUACGUUAUGUUUUUGUAUAUUUAUGAAAAGUAAAAUAUUUCUACAGUUAUUGUACGUUUACGACGAAAAAAGUGCGAUUUACCAAUUGUGAGAGAAGAAAAAUUUUAUCAAGUUUCAAAGAGAAGAAAUUUUUGUCAGGUGAUCGUUUUAGAAUUAAUGAUUCUUUGUUUUAUAUGUUCUUAUCAUUAUCGAUAAUAAAAUAUCGCUUUCUUUGUGAUAUUCUUGCGAGAUAACUUCACAUUCUUCUUUGAUAAUUUCAAAAAUAAUAUUAUAUCUUAUAUAUUAUAUUAUAAGUUGAAUCUCAUGUUUAAUAAACAAGCUUCAUUCAUGAAUAUAAUAUCAAUUUACAUACAUACGCGUAAAAACAAACUAAUAAUAUAUAUCAUUCAUUAUCACCAUCACUCAUUAUGCAGAUUAUGCAAAUUAAGUGCAAUAAAACAAUUUAAUUUUUUACAAUUAAUCAUAUCAUUACGAAACGAUGAAAAUUUCUCAAUGAGAUAAUAUAUCUCGAUUUUUAUUUCCUCUCCCUUUUAAACUCUCCAUUCACAAUGGCGUAGUUCAUUCUAAACUAUUAUCUAUCAAAGAUUCGUAUGUAAAGGAUAUAAAUGAAGACUUUCUCUUGGAACUUUCUCUACGUCAUGUCAGAGUGUUCAAUGAAUUCUAAAUUUAAUAUGUUUUAAAGUACGCACGAUCAUAUAAAUUUUAAAAAAAUAUUUAUUAUAAAAAAUUCUGUAUCCUUUCAAUAUUAUGGAACAUUGAAAACCUCGAGAUUAGAGACCACAGCUUUCGAAGAAUUUUUGUACGAUCACUAUUCUGGAUCUUUCUACAUACAACUUGUACAGCUAUAGAUUUAUCAAAUCAUCAUUUAUAUUAAAAAUGCCAGCCUUGAAGCUUUUCGGCCGAAAAUGGUUGGCAGCCACGGAUGAUCUUGUAUACCCUGGAUUGUUCGAAAUUUUAAUACGCCUUACUUGGUUAAUCUUGAUAGGAAUAGGAUGCGUACAAUAUUACGCAAGUACCUGGAAAUGUCAACUAGGAGGCGAUGUAGUCCGUGUAUAUUUAAUAGGAGAAAUAACCAUCCUUGGCAUAGUUAUAAUUAUUACAUUUUUUAUCAUAAGAUAUAGCAGUAAAGGAUCCAUAACGGAUACACACGCUCGCCGUUAUGUUGAGCCGCUUCUCACAGUGAAAAUAUUCAUGAUUCUACCCGAAAUAAAUUGGAACAUUUUGGGAACGCUUUGGAUCUCCAGUAAGAACAUAGAUUGCGAGAUAGAACAGUACACAAUGAGCAUCGUAAAGGCAAUGGUAUUUUUCAAUUGGAUCCUUAUCGGCCUUACCAUCUUCGGUUUCGUUCUUGUUUUCGAUCCUCUUGGCUCGUUGGAUAUACGCGAGAAAGAUCUAGACGACUCGAUCAAGCAUGGAAAGAUAUCGCGAAACUGGCGGCGAAGAUUCAAAUUCCUUUGGUGGAUGAGGAAAGACGAAAAGGCCAAUGAGACUUUCCAACAUGUCGCUGGUCUUCUCAGCGCACUAUUUCGAGGAACGGAUUUGGUACCUUCUGACGUUAUGGCAGGCUUAAUUCUACUGCGAGUUCGGCAGAAACGUGAAACGCACGAAUUGAGAAGUUUAAAUCUACUUUCUUGGCCGAAAUAUACUGUUGAUGCACGCGAUAUUUUUACUGAAACUCCCAGUUGGAUGACCUUGGAAAAUGCACAUCAUUUCCUUAAAUUAUCGAUUGCAUCUUACGGCCAUUUGUUCGUUUGUUAUCAACAUAUAUGUACAGGAUGUUUUCGUUUAAUACCGAACUUAACUUGCUGUGCCUGCUUCCGAAAAAAACGGAAAGUCAUCCUGAACGACAAUUGUUGCUUCUAUAACUUAUCGGGGGUAAAAUACAUAUCGAAAUUAUCAAAUGAUGACAUUUUAUUCGCUAGUUUCAAGAAUCAUUUAUGUGAGAUACCUUUUUGCGUGAUAGUCGAUCAUAAAACAUCUAGUAUCGUUAUAAUUGUACGAGGCUCUCUGUCAUUGAGAGAUUUAAUCACAGAUAUCGCCGCAGCAUCCGAGACAUUUGAAUGUCUAGGACUACCUUCAGGAAGCAUGGCACAUAAGGGUAUGAUAUUAGGAGCUAAAACACUUUUAAAACAAUUGCACCAUUAUAAAAUCUUAGAAAUGGCUUUUAAUACAUAUCCCACUUAUACCCUUACAUUAACAGGUCACAGUUUAGGUGCUGGUGUGGCAGUUUUACUGGGCAUACUAUUACGUCCUGAAUACCCGAAUUUAAGAGUUUAUGCAUUUUCUACACCAGCUGGAGUUAUUAGCCGAAGUGCUGCUAAAGUUACAGAAGAAUUUGUAUUAACAGUAACCCUUGGAGAUGAUCUUGUAACAAGAUUGAGUGUUGAAAGUACAGAAGAUUUAAGAACAUCUUUGCUUGCCACUCUUGCAGAAUGUCGAUUACCAAAGUACAGAGUAAUUCUUAAUGGUUUUGGGUAUGCAUUACAUGGUGUCCCUGAACAAGAUCUCGACAAAACAUGGACAACUUCUGAUAUCAUUAAUUCAAUACCAGGACAGUCUCCUUUAUUAACAUAUUCUGAAACUACUAAUAAUGUGGAAAACACAGUAUUAACAUCAAAUAUUUCACAAAGAAGAUUUUCAAAAAUGAGACUUUACAAUGCUGGUCUUAUAUUACAUCUGGCAAGAUGUAAGCAUACAGAAACAGAUACAAAAAGAAAGAAAAAGAAAAAUGAAAAGAAAUAUGAAAUGCGGUGGGCACAGCCAGAAGAAUUUACAAAAAUGAUAAUAAUGCCGCGAAUGCUUUUAGACCAUCUUCCAGAAAAUUUGGAAAACGCACUUGCAACAUUGAUAGAACAACAAAAAGAUCUACCAAUUUACUUUGACCCAUAAUAUAGUUUCAAAAACAUGUAAAAUUUAAUUAAUAUUUUACUUAAAUUAAAAAUGGUAAGAGGCUCCUUGUAAUUAUAUAUAUUGUAAUACUAUUUUGUAAAUUUAGAAAAUACACAAUAAAAUUUA